GAUACGACAUUGACUUUUAUCGAACCUAUUUAAGCUCCCGACUCUCCACACAGCGUUCUUCAAAAUCCACAUCAACCUCUUAUCCUCUUCAAUAAGAGAAAAUCUGCACCAAACGACAGAAAUUGAUUACUUUACGGUAAUUGCAGAAACUCUUUGAUCCACGGUAGAUACCAAUUGAAAAAUACUCAAAACGCAUCAUGGUUUCGAAACACCGCCCCAAGCCCAAAAAGCAGAACCAAGAUGCUUUUUACGAAUUCCCGGAAUCUGAAUUGGUUACGAUUGCCAAUAAUAUUGCCCCAAUGAAGAAGAACGAAUUCAAGGGCUUCCCACUAGACAUUAUAAACAUGAUCUUCGACAUGCUAUACGAAGAAGAUGAACCGACUACCAUCAUUUGCCUUGCCCUUACAUGUCGAAACUACUGGGACUUCUUCCAAGGUAAACCAUGGAAGAAGUUUUCAUUCGGUACACUGGAAGAUGGAUCCUUCUAUGAACGAUCCUUCAUCGAAUUGACUGAAGCCUGGAUCGGCCCCGCUUACCGUCGUAUUGGCCCCGAUAGUCGGCAUAUUGAAACACCUUUCUUGUCGCGCGCUGUGUAUGGAGAUCAACCCGGAAAGGAAGAAAAAACUUUAGAUGAUCGAUGGAAAGACUAUAAGACCUUGACUAGUCGAGAUGAAGAGGCGGGUAGGUUAACUCGUCACGUUCCCAAGCCUUUCGGUGUGAGUGCGGAUAAGUGGUAUCCUCUCGCUGCACGGCAGCUCAGAGAUGAAAUGUCGAGCCCGAAAACCACCAACUGUAGGAGCGCUGCAUUUCAUAAGUCUUUUCGACAUUCAAGCCUAUGCCAAUGGUUGCUGUCAAACGGCGGAGAGAAAUGGCUACUUCUUGAUAGAAUGUACAAGAAAACGGAUAAUUGUGACGGGGGUUGUAUAGCGGCAUUGAUGUGCUUUCCGGAUGAAGGUCAAUCUUGGCCUACGGCACCAAAGAGAUAUAAGAUACCCGGAAAAUGGACAAAUUCGAGGAAGGUGAGGAAGACUCGGGAAUGAAGUCUCCCGUAUUUUUGAUUGAAAGGUCACCGAAGAUAUGUGGGGCUACCACUUAAUAAAUGAUGUAUGAAAAUAGAUUUGGGUAAUUCAACCGAUUCCA